UAUCUCCCUCUCUCUCUCUUUACCAAUUGCCAUUCCACCUUGCAUCAACCCUCUCUCUCUCUCUCUCUUUCUGAACCAAGCCAGCUUUAUCUACUCUCCCAAAUACAAAAGCAAACACUUUUGUCCCUUCCUUUCUCUCUCAAAAAAAAAUUAUCAAACACCUUCUCCCUCUCUCUCUCUCCUACACAAACACCAUGGCAGACAGAGUCUAUCCUACAGCGAAACCGGCUACCUCGGCCCCCGCCACAGCAGCCAACCCCGCCUUCCCCGCCACUAAGGCCCAACUCUACAGCAACACGCGCCCAGCCUACCGCCCCCAACCCCACCACCGCCGCCGCAGCCGAAGCCGCUGCUGCUCCUGCUGCCUCUGGAUCAUCUUCCUCAUCCUCCUCCAGCUCGUCAUCGCCGCCGCCCUCGGCGCCGCCUUCUACAUCUUCUACCGCCCCCACCGCCCCUCCUUCUCCGUCACCUCCCUCAAGGUCCAAACUCUAAACUUCAUCACCAACUCCCACCUCACCUCCAGCUUCAACCUGAACAUCACCGCUCGAAACCGUAACAAGAAACUCGUGUUCAUCUACAACCCCAUGGCCAUCUCCAUCUUAUCCAACGACGUCGACAUCGGCGACGGAAUCAUACCUUCCUUUGUGCAUGGGAAGAAGAACACGACGCUGUUGAAGACAAAGAUCGCGAGCAGCGGGAAAGAGCUUCAGAGCAGUGAAGUGAGUACUUUGAAGGCUGACAUUAAGAGCAAAAGUGGGCUGCCAUUGAAGGUCAGGUUGGACACUAAAGUGAGAUUGAAGGUGCUUGGGCUGAAGACUCCAAGAAUUGGAAUUAGGGUUAACUGUGAGGGGAUUAGGGUUACUUCUCUUCCAACUGCUAAAGCUCCUGCCACUGCUUCUACUUCUAACGCUAAGUGUAAGGUUGACGUUAGAGUCAAGAUCUGGAAAUGGACCGUGUGAGGGGAAAUUGAAUUUGCAAAAUUAAAGAAAGAAAAGGAAAAGAAAAAAAGGUGUGUGA